CACACGGCACACCCCGCCCCCCGCCCUUUGUUGCAAAACCCAAACCCCCUCUCUCUGCUCUCUGCUCUCUCCCAGAGUCUUGAAACCAACCAACCAACCAACCUUGAGAAAACUGGAAAAAUGGCGCUUCGAUUGUUCACCCUCGCCCUGGUGUUCUCUGCCCUCCUCCUCCUCCCCCUUUUUCAUGUCUCUGCCUCCAAGGCCACCUCCGAUUCGGAUCUCGAUGAGGAGGACCUCAGUUUCCUCGACGACGGCGACGACGCAUCUUCCCCCCCCUCAUCUUCUCAUGAUUUGGAUCACUCGUUUGAGGACCAUUCUGACGACGAGUAUGACCCUGAUCUCAUAGGUGAGGGGGGCUUCGAUGAAUUCGAUCAUGGAGCUUACGAGCCACCGGCCCCAAUCGAUGAUAAGGAUGUGGUUGUGCUGACAGACGGAAACUUCAGUGACUUUUUGGAGAGUUCUGGUAACGUUAUGGUAGAGUUCUACGCUCCUUGGUGCGGGCACUGUCAGGCCCUCGCUCCAGAGUAUGCUGCGGCGGCUACGGAGCUCAAGGAUUCUGAUGUUGUUCUCGCCAAAGUAGAUGCCACGGAGGAGAACGAACUCGCUCAGAAGUAUGAAAUCCAGGGGUUCCCGACUGUGCUCUUCUUCGUGGAUGGAGUUCAUCGGCCCUACCAAGGCCCAAGGACCAAAGAUGCAAUUGUGACCUGGAUCAAGAAGAAGGUAGGGCCUGCCGUCUACAACAUUACAACAACCGAGGAGGCAGAGAAAGUUUUGACUAGUGAAAAUAAAGUUGUUUUGGGAUUUCUGGACUCUCUUGUGGGUCCUGAUAGUGUAGUGCUUGCUGCCAUUUCAAGACUUGAAGAUGAUGUCAAUUUCUACCAGACUGUGAACCCUGAUGUUGCAAAGCUUUUCCACAUUGACCAUGAGGCUAAACGCCCUUCAUUGGUAAUGCUGAAGAAGGAAGCUGAGAAGUUGGCAUAUUUUGAUGGGCAGUUCACAAAAUCUGCAAUCCUUGACUUCAUUUUUGCCAACAAGCUUCCACUAGUUACAACCUUCACCAGGGAAACUGCUCCAACUAUUUUUGAUAAUCCGAUUAAGAAACAGCUUUUGCUUUUUGUCACAUCAAAUGGUUCAGAGAAAGUUCUACCGACUUUUCAAGAGGCAGCAAAAUUCUUUAAGGGAAAGCUUAUCUUUAUCUAUGUUGAGAUGGAUAAUGAAGAUGUUGGCAAACCAGUGUCAGACUACUUUGGAGUGACAGACGGUCCUAAAGUUCUGGCUUACUCAGGAAAUGAAGAUGCUAAGAAAUAUAUCCUUGAAGAUGAAUUAACACUUGAGAGUAUUAAGUCAUUUGGAGAGGGUUUCUUGGAAGAUAAGCUUAAGCCUUUUUACAAAUCAGACCCAUUACCAGAGACUAAUGACGGGGAUGUGAAAAUUGUUGUUGGAAAUAAUUUCGAUGAUAUAGUUUUGGAUGAAUCCAAGGAUGUUCUUCUUGAAAUCUAUGCUCCUUGGUGUGGGCAUUGCCAAGCUCUAGAGCCAAUUUAUAACAAGCUUGCCAAGCAUCUCCGAGGCGUUGAUUCUCUUGUUAUAGCUAAAAUGGAUGGAACCACAAAUGAGCACCCACGGGCUAAGGCUGAUGGCUUCCCUACACUGCUCUUCUUUCCCGCAGGGAAUAAGAGUUUUGACCCUAUUACUGUGGACACAGAUCGAACUGUAGUUGCAUUCUAUAAAUUCAUCAAGAAGCACGCAUCCAUUCCCUUCAAGCUUCAGAAACCAGAGUCAACAACAAAACCCUCAAGCCCCUCCUCAGCUGAAGCGGAUGCUGCUGGUGAGGUCCCCAGCAAACAUGUGAAGGAUGAACUAUAAAAUCAGUCCUUGUGAUGUCCGAGCCUUUGUAUGCCGUGGUUUUGUUUGGAGGCGCUUAUUCACUGGUCAGGGCACAGUUUCUUUGGGCAGUCCCCUUGAACAUCCUGGCCAUGAUUUGGAGUUUUGGCCAACUUUUGUAGUACACAAAUAAGAACUCAUAAGCUGUUUUCUAUUCUAGCCCCAGAAAUCAAAUGUAGCACAAACCGUAUUCUCUGUUGCUAUGAUAUUCAAGUAAUCAAUUAUGAGAAUGAUUUUGUUAUA